AUGUAAUUUAUUCAAUAGUUUUAAAAAUUUUUCAGUAAUUUUAGGGUUAAACAGAGAACAAGAUGUAAUUAAGUUGACAAAUUCCUUAAUUACAUUAUAAUGUUGAUUGGCACCAAUGAGAUAGAAUAACAUAGUGCCAGUAGCAGUGAUUACAGUGCCACUUUUUGAAGCUGAUUCAAGAGGUUUCAGAGGGUUGAAAGUGAAGUGUACCAAAAGAGAUGAUUAUUUCACAUUUUUGUGCUGCUAUCAAUUAUACCAACAGUUACAAGAAAGGUUCAGGAAUUUCAUUUCGCAAGUAAGUUAUAAUUAUUAAUUUUGCUCACACUGUACUUUUCUAUGUCUAAUAAAAUGUUUAAAGAUUAAUUUAAUAAAAGUAAACGAAAAGUGUCAAACUUACUUUGAAAUGCUGUCUAAUUUAUAAAAAUUUAAAUAAUUAGAAAUAUUUUGGAUAGAAGCCUUAUACAUAUCAAAUUAUGAAUUUUAGAGUGGUUAAUUAAAUUAAUAACAGUGAUAAGUAAAUCAGAUUCCAUUCUUGUGAUAGUGAAAUUUAAAAUAAAACUUUUUCUUUGUCAGGUUUCCACUCACUGAUGAAUCUCUUCUUAAGAAAUGGCUUAUACUAAUGUGAUGCCAUCGUUGGAAACCAAACAAUAAUAGUAGAAUUUAUUUAUCUCAUUUUGAAAAAGCAUGCUUCAGUUAUAAUAAUGGUAGAAGAUAUUUACAACCAAAUUCUGUUCCUACAAUUUUUUCAUUUCCUCCACAUCUUCAAAAAUCCUUGCAAUAAAAUGUUCAGAAAGAAAAUGAUUGGGAAAGUGUGUGGAGAAGUAAAAAGUGUAAAUUUAUUGGAUGUUGAAAACUAGUUAAGAGAUGUGUUGGCCUAAAUUAAGGGGGGAAUAUGCAGAUGAAACCAGGAUAUUUUACAAACUUUCACCAGAUAAAACAUUUAAAUUUAAAAAUGAAAAAUGUGUUGUUGGAAAACUUGCAAAAGAUAGGAUAAAAGUUUUUGUUUGUGCUAAUAUGACUGGUACAGACAAAAGAAAAUUUCUUGUAAUCGGAAAAUCAAAGAAUCCAAGAAGUUUUAAAAACAUAAAAACACUAGCAGUAAAUUACAAAGCCAACAAAAGGUCAUGGAUGAUGUUUGAGAAUUUUGAAGAAGAAAUUUGAAAAUGGGAUAGAGAACUUAUUGGUACAAAAAAAGUUUUACUCCUUGUAGAUAAUUGUCCAGCACAUUCAAUUUUAGAAAAUUUAAAGAGCAUUAAACUUGUACUCCUUCCUUCAAAUUAUACUAGUGUACUUCAGCCAAUGGAUCAAGGAAUUAUAAGAAGCCUUAAAUCUCAUUUCAGAAAAAUUCUUUUACAAAAAAUUAUUACAAAUAUGGAAGAUAACAAUAAAAUGGCAAUUUCUUUAUUAGAUGCAGUUGAUUUUUUGGAAAAAUCUUGGUGUAAGGUUAGUUCGCUAAUAAUAGCAAACUGUUUUUGCCAUGCAAAAUUGUAUAAUAGUCAAACAGCUAUUACAUUUAUGAAUGAUGACAAUAAUGAGGACGAUGACAAUAAUGAGGACGAUGACAUUCCUCUAUCAGAAUUAAUUAAAACACUUCAAAGUUCAGAAAACAGCAAAUUUUUGUCAUUUGCUGCUACUAAAUAUAAGAGUGUAGAUGAAGAUUUAAUAACAUCCAAAUUUUAUACAGAUGCAGAUAUUGUUCAGCAAAUUAAAUCUUCAGACAAAAAAAAUGUGGAUGAUGAUAAUGAAGAUGAAACAUCAGACAGAGAAAAUGCAGUGCUGUCAACCAGGGAAGUGCGUAAUGUUUUACAGGUCUCGGAAAACUUCAUCAGAAAUAAUGAACAAAGUCUAUGAUUUAGAAAAUGACAUUGAUAAACAAUUUUUAGGUGAAAAAUGCCUACAAUCUAAAAUAACUGACCUUUUUUGAAGUGAAUAUUGUUACUGUGUCUUUUUAAUUGGCAUACAUUAAUUUAACCUUUUGUUGCCUUUUGAUUCAAUAUUAUUUUCAAAACCAGAAGUGCCACCAUUAUCAAAACUUGAGACAAAUAAAAAUUUCUUAUAAAAGGCUAUAUCAACUCGAUAGUUAUAAAGAUGAAGAGUUAACAGUAUUUCAUCCUGCCUAUAUUGAUGCUUGCAUUUCCCAAAACAGUAUGUUAAAAGUUAAUCUUUGUUAUUAUAUAUUGCCAAGUGUAGAAGCAGAAGAUGGUAAGAAACAUUUCUAAUCAUUAAAGUAAAAUUUACAUAAUCAAAAAAUUGUACACAUUAAGUGUAAAGAAUUAAUUUUAUAAUCACUA